AACAAUUUAUAUGUCACGGCUCUUGAAUUCAGAAUCUUGAGACAACAUGGCUAUGAUGUGUCAUCAGAUGUGUUUAAAGGAUUUCUUGAUGAUAAGGGCAACUUUCAUUCUAGCCUUUCAGUUGACAUCAAGGGGAUCCUUUCAUUGUAUGAAGCCUCAUUUCUUUCAAUGGAAGGUGAAAUGAUACUGGAUGAAGCUAGAGAUUUUAGCUCAACUUAUCUCAAACAAUUUGUCCAUCAAAACAAGGAAGAAAAUGAGACAUCGCUCUUGAUUAACCAUGCCCUGGAGCUUCCUCUACAUUGGAGGAUAUCAAGAUUGGAAGCUCGUUGGUUCAUCGAUGUUUAUGAAAGAAGACAGAAUAUCAGCCGUGCUUUGCUUAAGCUUGCAAAACUGGAUUUCAACAUUUUACAAGCCAAAUACCAUGAAGAUUUGAAACAUACAUCAAGAUGGUGGAAAAGAAUUGGACUUGGAGAAAAAUUGAGCUUUUCAAGAGAUAGAAUGGUGGAGAACUUCAUUUGGACAGUGGCAUUUGCUGAGGAACCACAGUUUGAAUAUUACAGAACAGUGGCAACAAAAGUUAAUGCACUGAUAACUACAAUCGAUGAUGUUUAUGAUGUCUAUGGAGAAUUAGAAGAAUUAGAAAUAUUCACACGAGUCAUUGACAGAUGGGACAUUAAUGCCAUCGAUUCUCUUCCAGAGUACAUGAAAAUAUGCUUCCUUGCACUUUAUAAUUUUGUUAAUGAAGUGGCUUUUGACAUCCUUAAAGGGAAUGGACGCAACAUCAUUCCACACCUGAAGAAAGUGUGGGCUGAUCUUUGUAAAUCAUACUUGGUUGAGGCAAAAUGGUUACGUAAUGGGUAUCAACCAAGCCUGCAGGAGUACUUAGAAAAUGCUUGGAUUUCAAUUGGUGCACCUGUCAUACUUGUUCACGCUUUUGUUGUACUUUCUAACACAAGCUUUUCAGACUCAGUCUGCUUAGAAGACUAUUAUGACCUUAUUUAUUCUUCAUCAAUCAUUUUACGCCUUACCAAUGACCUUGGAACAUCUAAGCGUGAAAAGGAAACAGGUGAUAUAGCUAAAUCAGUUGAGUGCUACAUGAAUGAAACUGGGGCUUCUGAAGCUGAUGCUCAAAGGCAUAUAAACUCAUUGAUAUAUGAAACAUGGAAGAAGAUGAAUAAAGAAGCUACCAACUGUCCAGACUUCAAGAGUUUCAUUGAAGUUGCUUUGAACGUUGGAAGAAUGUCACUAUGCAUGUACCAGCAUGGAGAUGCCCAUAGCAUUCAAGACCUUGUGACUAAGAACAGUAUUAUGUCGUUACUUUUCCAGCCUAUUAUCGUAUGAACUUGCUCUGAUUCACCGAGUGAAAAAAGUGCACCGGUCUACCCUUGAUAAACAGACCCAAACCAUUAUAAGUGGGGCACACAUAUAAAUAAGAAAAAGCAUAGAUAAGUAUGCUAUUUCUA